UCCCGACCCGGAAGUGCGGCCUUACGCUGCGCGGCGUGGGCCGCUGCCUUGGAAACGCGCGGCGUGAGCUCGCAGGGGCUGGGCUGCUGCGUGCGGGGUUCCCCCCGGGACGCCAUGCUGUGCGCCCGGAGGCUGAGCGGCCUGGGGGCCGGCGUAGCGGCUGCGUGGCCCUGCCGAGCCGGCCAGGGCCGCCUGGGACCCGGGAGCCCGACUCGCAGGGUCAGCACCAGCUGGUCCCCGGUGGGCGCCGCCUUCAAUGUCAGGCCGCAGGGCCGCCGCCUGGACCUGUUCGGCGAGCGCCGGGGUCUUUUUGGAGUUCCUGAGCUCAGUGCCCCCGAGGGAUUUCGUAUCGCACAGGAAGAAGCGCUGAGAAAGGCAGAUUCCCUGGUGGAGCGUGCCUGUUCCACACCCCCUGGGCCACAGACUGUGGUUAUCUUUGAUGAGCUCUCUGAUGCCUUGUGCCGGGUGGCAGAUUUGGCUGAUUUUGUGAAAAUUGCACACCCCGAGCCAGCAUUCAGAGAGGCCGCUGAAGAAGCCUGUCGCAGUAUUGGCACCGUGGUGGAAAAGUUGAACACCAAUGUGGACUUGUACCAGAGUCUGCAGAAAUUAUUGGCUGACAAAACACUCAUGGAGUCCCUUGAUGCUGAAACCAGGAGAGUGGCAGAACUGUUUAUGUUUGAUUUUGAAAUCAGUGGAAUCCAUCUAGAUGAAGAGAAGCGUAGGAGAGCAGUGGACCUUAAUGUGAAAAUCUUGGAUUUGAGCAGUACAUUCCUCAUGGGAACCAACUUUCCCAACAAGAUAGAAAAACAUCUUUUACCAGAGCACAUUCACCACAACUUUGCCAGUGAUGGACGCCAUGUGGUAAUAGAUGGCCUGCACGCAGAAGCCCCAGAUGACUUGGUUCGAGAAGCUGCUUAUAAAAUUUUUCUUUACCCCAGUUCUAGCCAAUUGAAAUGUUUAGAACAGUUGCUUAUCAGCAGAAAUCUUCUGGCAAAGCUUGUGGGGUAUUCUACAUUUUCCCAUAGGGCCCUUCAAGGAACAAUAGCUCAAACUCCAGAGACUGUCAUGCAGUUCCUUGAGAAACUAUCUGACAAGCUUUCUGAAAGAACUGUAAAAGAUUUUGAGAUGAUGAGAAAAAUGAAAAUGAAACUUAAUCCUCAAAAUUCUGAGUUAAUGCCUUGGGACCCACCCUACUACAGUGGUGUGAUUCGUGCAGAGAGGUACAAUAUUGAACCCAGUUUGUAUUGCCCAUUUUUCUCCCUGGGAGCGUGCAUGGAGGGCCUUAACAUUUUGUUUAACAAAUUGUUGGGCAUUUCCUUGUAUGCAGAGCAGCCUAUGAAAGGAGAAGUGUGGUGUGAAGAUGUCCGUAAGCUGGCUGUCGUUCAUGAAUCUGAAGGAUUGUUGGGGUACAUUUACUGUGAUUUUUUCCAGCGAGCAGACAAGCCACACCAGGAUUGCCAUUUUACAAUUCGAGGAGGCAGAUUAAAGGAAGAUGGAGACUAUCAACUUCCAGUCGUGGUUCUCAUGCUCAAUCUUCCCCGCUCCUCAAGGAAUUCACCCACUUUAUUGACCCCAGGAAUGAUGGAAAAUCUUUUCCAUGAAAUGGGACAUGCCAUGCAUUCGAUGUUGGGGCGCACUCGGUACCAGCAUGUCACUGGGACCAGAUGCCCGACUGAUUUUGCCGAGGUCCCAUCCAUUCUGAUGGAGUACUUUUCAAAUGAUUACCGAGUAGUCAACCAGUUUGCCAGACAUUAUCAGACUGGACAGCCACUGCCAAAGCACAUGGUGUCCCGUCUCUGUGAGUCCAAGAAGGUGUGUGCUGCUGCAGAAAUGCAACUUCAGGUCUUCUAUGCCACGCUGGAUCAAAUCUACCAUGGCAGGCACCCCCUGAGGAAGUCAACCACAGACAUUCUUAAAGACACACAGGAGCGAUUUUACGGCCUCCCCUACGUUCCACGCACUGCCUGGCAGCUGCGGUUCAGUCACCUUGUGGGCUACGGUGCCAAAUACUACUCAUAUUUGAUGUCCAGAGCUGUGGCAUCCAUGGUUUGGAAGGAAUGCUUCCUUCAGGAUCCUUUCAACAGGGCUGCUGGGGAGCGCUACCGCAGGGAGAUGCUGGCCCAUGGCGGGGGCAAGGAGCCCAUGCUUAUGGUACAAGGUAUGCUCCAGAAGAGCCCUUCCAUCGAUGACUUUGUGGGCGCUCUCGUUUCUGACUUGGAUCUGGACUUCGAAACUUUCCUCAUGGAUUCUGAAUAAUAGGUUCUGAAGUAAUGAACUGGCUUUUAACUCAGGUUAUGUGGUUUGAUAUUACUUUAAAUGGAUGGGACUUGGAAUAAAUAAUCUGUUUGAAUUAUA